AUGCGACACAUGUCAGAGUCUGUGUUUGUGGGACUGUGUCGUAUAGUUGGAACAUCACAACAGGUGGCCAUGAGACGGGAUAUUGCGGACAUCCGUGAAAUGAUGUCACAGAAAAUAAGUAGUCAGUCCAUUGUGAUUUUGAGCGGAAGUAAAAGAGAGGGUUUCAGACUGUUGGGGUCUGAUGAGGAUAGGAUGACCUGGAGUGAAAACAAUCGAGUGAUUUGGGACUUUUCACAGUCUAGGCAUUAUAACUUGUCCAGAGUAGUACUGAUUCUUACUGAUAGCUCUGAUAGCCCACCAGGAUUUACUCUUCUCCGGUUACUUACACCAAGAGCUGACAAAAAUAUUAGGUGUGCAUGUGUCAAAAUGAAUGACAGACUUUAUAUAUCUAGCUCGUUUUACAGAUUGAUCAUGUUUACGUUGAAAUACUCCGAUUACACUACACAUAUACAUGGACCAUGCAGAAGUGGGAACUUUUUUGGAAAGGAAUAUGAUCUUGCCGACUGUUUUGUCAGUGACUUUUGGCCUCCCUUAGCCUCCUCUUGGAUCGACAGAUGUCAUGCAUGGCCUCAUCUUCGAGUUGUCCGUGACGUAGUUAGAAAUGGAUGUCAUUUCGUAGCAAUAGGACACAAACUAGGUAAUCAUGAAGAUAAAGAAUGGAGAAUUUCUUUUUCUGUGGCAGAACAAAAACUUGCUUACUCAAUGAACCACUCUCAAUUUUUAACUUAUGGUUUAUUGAAAGUGUAUUUGAAAGAAGUAAUUAACAAUGAUGUAAGUAGUGAGGAAAAAUUACUUUGUUCCUAUCACAUGAAAACAGCAGUUUUCUGGGUACUUCAGCAAAACUUAUUGUCUAACUGGUGUCCACAAACUUUCCUUGAGGGCUUCUGGAUCUGCUUUAAAAUAAUUCUUAAAUGGGUGUAUGAGGGGGUUUGUCCAAACUUUUUCAUUCCACAGAACAACAUGUUUCUGAGUAAAAUCCAUGGAGAAGCACAAUUGAUUUUAUUUUUACGCUUGUAUACAUUAUAUGAGAGAGGUAUUGCAUGCCUUUUACAGAGUCCUUCUAUCAGAUCCUGUGUUGUAAAUGCCCUUUGUAAUCCAACAAUAUUUAUUUGUACAAAUGAAAUGACUUUAAUUCCUGAAUAUACAAUUGAUGCAGAAAUAUUUACUGAGCUAAUUAAAAUUAAUUUAUGUUACACCACAACCCUAAGGCAGAGUGUAAAAGCCCUGAAAGCAGUAGAGCGGUUGAUGAUAAAAUCACACCUUACGCAGUAUCACGUUCCAUAUUUACAAAGACUUGUAGCCUUGGUACUGAGAAAAACUGCUUUUGUAUUGCACGGCAUGUACACUAAUACGGGUUCUAACAAAAGGAGGUACAUUGCUGACAAAUUGUCUUGCCACAUGCUUAAGUUAGCAGUAAAGUUUAAUUUUAUUUCUGAUAUGUUGUUUGCUGCAAUGUAUCAUUGUAAGACACUUAGAUAUAAAAAAGCUUUAUCUAUUAUAGAAUUGGUAAUUGCAAAGUUAACACAUCCACAACAGAUGUUUUUAUAUUUUACAUACAUCGUUAAAGAUUCUUAUUUAAGCACGGUAAAAGCACAAAUAAUUCUGUCUAAAUUACAAACCCUAGUGCACUCUGAUCACUUAAUAUAUCUACCUGAAGCUUACAAAGACAUAUCAUGGCAGAUCCUGGGUAUCUGUCAACAGAUUACAGGUGACCUCCAGGCUGCUUUUUAUUCCUACCAACAAUCACUCAAACAAUAUCCACUCCAUGGCAUACAAACUGCUACAAUCAUCAGAAUUAUAAUACUGACCUACAGACUUUACUUCAGUUAA